AUGGCUUUUCGUAUAAUUUGUUUUUUGGCCCUUGUGGCAGUGUCGCACUGUGCAUCUAUCAGCAAUGAAAUUUCCUCAGUGGAUAGAAUCAAUAGUGCAGAUGAGCUAGUGUCAACAGUUGUGAACGAUUGUUUUCAUGAUGAAGCAGUUAGUUGUCUCAAGGAAAAAGUUUUGACUUAUUUUGAUUCGCAAUUGGAUAUGCACUCGGAAUCCGCAAGAAGCUACGACAGCGAAAAUAUUGAUAAAGUGAUAUUCGACCGUAUGGCCAAGCUUCUUCAAACUCGCGAGUUCAAAUUGAGAUUACCUGAAACAGUUUUCCAAAAUGCAGAAAUCUCUUACAGAGCUGAUAAAGGAUUAGACAUUGUUGUUCCCGAUGUAGAAGAAAACACUACCGGAGAAGCCCGCGGUGUUCUGAAGAAAAAGCUGCUUCUUCCAGUUUUGCUUUUGUUGAAGUUGAAAAUGAAGGCACUUAUGCCAAUUCUGCUCGCCAUCACAAGCUUGAAAGCUUUGAAAGCUCUGAUCUUAAGUAAAGUUGCCAUAUUGGUAGUAGUAGGAUUCUUGGUUUCCCAGCUGUUGAAGAAAGGUGGUAUGGCUAUGCCCAUGAUGAGCAUGUCUUCUCCUCCACCAGAGCCAUACGGCGCACCAGUGCCACCACCAUCUACCCCAUCAAGCUCUUACGAACCAGGUUGGGAACCAAACUCAAGCUCGGGUAGCGGCCCAUACUCCCGCGUCUGGGAACCAUCUUCGGCUCAAAGCAUGGCUUAUAGCGCAUACUACCCCCAAAGCUCAAGCUCGUCUUCAAGCUCCAGUCUGGGAUCUCUCAGCUCUGGAAGUUCUUCUUCAAGUACCUAUUAG